CCCCACAUGUUUUCUGCGGUGUGGGGUCUUUAAUCUGGGACCGUCUCUAAACGAGUCACUGAAAAGUUUGGCCCUCUGCAGAUUCCCCAAAACUCUGAGUGGGUGGAGAUUAAUCCGUGUUUCUCUGUUGCCUAAUCACUGUUAGCUCCACCUCAAACAGUACUUGAGCAGAGGAAUUUGUCAGCACUUCUGUGAGUGCGAGACAGAAGUGGACCCGGAGUCUCCUGUCCUCUCCCUCUCACCCCCCGCCCCCCCAGGUCCUGGAAUGAGAAGGAUGCUCCGGGGAUGGCGUUGACGGCCAGGGUGCAAAGGAGCGGGCUGCUGGACGUCCUGGUGCGGGACACCUGGCACCGAGUGUUGGCCUCUCUGUACGACGAGACCCUGGUGUUGAGCUGUGACCAGGCGGCCGAUCCCGCGGCAUGGAACGGUGUGGCCAACGGGAACCAAGACGGCUCGCCGAGCCCGUGCGCAAGCCCUAGGGCCGGAGGGGUCCGCAAUGCCUUCUCCGAGCUGCCCGAAAGUGUCAGCAACAGGAAGAGGAGCGUCAGGGUCAUCAAGCAGGAGGUUGGGGGUUUGGGGAUCAGCAUCAAAGGAGGCAAAGAGAACAAGAUGCCAAUCCUGAUCUCGAAGAUCUUCAAGGGUCUAGCGGCUGACCAGACUGAGGCUCUGUAUGUCGGGGAUGCCAUCUUGUCUGUGAACUCCGUGGACUUGCGAGAUGCAACACAUGACGAAGCAGUACAGGCUCUGAAGAGAGCGGGGAAAGAGGUACUCCUGGAGGUGAAGUACAUGAGGGAAGCCACGCCAUACAUUCGGAAGACCUCGCCAGUCUCUGAAAUUGGAUGGGAAACCCUUCCUCCAGAGUCGCCCAGACUUGGCUCAACUGCCUCAGAGUCUCCCUCCACACCUACGUUCUCUCUGCGCAUGGAGUCCAAGGACAAGAGUAUCCCGCUGAAGAUGUGUUAUGUUACCCGAAGCCUCACUGUCCCAGACCCAGAGAACAGGCAGUUUGAGUUGCAUUCACCCGACUGCAAGCACACAGUGGUGCUGAGGUGCAAAGAUGCCCCUGCAGCCCACGCCUGGUUCAAUACCAUUCAGGCCAACGUCAACAGCCUGACAUCCAAGGCCAUCGCAGAGGUCAAAGAUCAACUUGGCAGAACGGGGCUCCCUGGCUGCCGAGAGGUUCGGCACAUGGGCUGGCUUGCGGAAAAGCCAAUGGUAGAGGGUGACAAGAGAACCUGGAAGCCGGUCCUGGUUGUAAUCACCGAGAAGGACAUGCUUAUGUAUCCUAGUAUGCCUCGUCUGAAGGAGUCCUGGCUCAGUCCAGCAUAUACUUACCCGCUGCUUGCCACCAGGUUGCUUCAUUCUGGUGCAGCAAGAGACUCCCCUCAGCCAGGCGCAGAGCUAUCCUUUGCCACUCGAACCGGAACUCGUCAGGGAAUCGAAACUCACCUCUUCAGGGUUGAGAACAACUCCAGUCUGUCUAACUGGACCAGGCAAAUCGUACAGGGCUGCCACAAAGCAGUGGAACUCAUUAAAGAAGUCACAACCACAUGUACAUACAGGACCCAGGAGUGCUGUCUGAAAAUUCAUUACGAAAAUGGAUUUUCUAUCUUAAAAGACGCACAGGAGGGAAGCAUGCAAAAGUUGAUUUGCCACUAUUCCUUUGAGAAAUUAAAGAACUCCUCAGAUGAUGGCGUGAGAAUGCUCUAUCUAGACUUUGGUGGAAGGGACGGGGAAAUUCAACUGGACCUUCACUCGUGUCCCAAACCCGUUGUGUUCAUCAUCCACUCGUUCCUUUCAGCAAAGAUUGCACGGCUCGGCCUGCUGGCUUGAGGCAAGAGCGUCUACUCAGUGAAGCAGCAGCCUCCGAGGGGGCAGCCUCCGGGGGGAAGGACAGAGCUGCGAGGAGUGCAAUCUUUAAUCUUUAAUAGAAUCAGAAAGAUAGUUUAUUUAAUAGAGAAAAGAUUUGUAACAAGUCAAUUUUAAAGGCACCUUGCUGGUUUUAUAACAAAACUUUGAAUUCUUUUCUAUCCUGUUGAGGUUUAAUAAAUUUUCCAAUCAUUGUUGGUAGAAAAUCAUAAUCUUCUCUAGCAAAUUCACAAACUAAAGUGUGUAAUGUUAUGCCUUAUUCCUACUUGCCCACCGUAUAAGUGAAGAAACACUCAUAAUUUCAGAUAAUGAAUAUUCUUUUUAAUUCCACAUUCUCUAAAACGGCUGUUGCCAAUUAGAUUUUAUAAAUAUGUAAAAUGAGAUUUAAGCUAAAAUCACAUUAUAUCAUUAAAAAAUGUUG